GUUAAUCAUGUAAUCUUUGGUAUAAUUUUCGUUAACGUGAUACAGUUUUUCAACGAGUACAUAUAAAAUUUAAUUUUAAAAUAAGUUCGCUUUGGAUGGGUGUAAUAAUAAUCAUUUGUUACGAUUUUAAUUGUUGGUAGUAAAAAUUAGCAAUACGUUUAGUCAAUAAAACCACGUUAUCUAAUCAUUUAACUCGUCAAUAAUUACAAUUAAGUCAUAGUGUAAAGCAAGACAAUUAAAGGCAAUAAUACGGAAUGGUUUGAGGUUAAAUUCAAUUAAAGGAUUUUUAUGGAAGGAAGUGCAUGUGUGUUACAUUAAAUUAAUACGGGUAGCCGUCUAAUAAACUAUUGUUUUUGCAAUUUGUUUGAUUUUCACGUAAGUUAACGGUUUUUUCUACACGCGCUCAAGUAUCGACCUGCAAGUGAAUAAAUUAUUUAGCUUUUUCCUAGAUUUGAACUUGUGCCAAAAAGUUAUUGUAUUAUAAAGGUAUAAUGAGAUCACUUCAAAAUAUUGCCAUUCAGUAGCUGUUGUUAAAUUAUUAUAAAACAGAUCAAUAUAAAGGCUCGCGUAAAAGUAGAGAUGAGCACAUGUGAUUUUAAAAAACUCAUAAUAUUUGCCUUAAAACACUUUUAGUGCCUAUACAUAAGCUUAGUAUAUGCUCAUCACACAAUUACGUUAAACUCGUGCAAAAAGCUUUAAAAAUUAGAUAAAGCAACUAGCGAUUAUUAUAGUAUUAAAAACGGGCUAAAAUGUCACAAGUGGUACUAUGCAAUAUUUCCAAUAAUGACAACAAUAACAACGACAACACAAGCGAAGAUUCCAACCAGCUUCCCACAAUUUAUCGGUGCAGAGCCCCGAUAGCAAGUCUCGAUUGCAUGGAAGAAUUUAGCGCCGGUAGUGCACUGAGCGCAUUAGGCGAACGUGGAAGCGAUGGCGUCAUCACCAAGGAGCAAUUGCUGCUUAGCGGUUUAACUCACUCAGCACCAGGAAAUCCAUAUCAGCUCUCAAGACAGACCUCCCUAACUCCGGGUUUACGGUAUCGAAACCUUGGGAAAAGCGGGCUGCGAGUUUCCAACAUUGGACUAGGAACAUGGCCGAUCUUCGGACCGGGGGUGACGGAAGAGCAAGCCGAGCAGAUUGUAUCACUUGCGAUGGAUAGUGGCAUAAAUGUAUUUGACUUGUCGGAAGCGCACUCUGGAACGAGAGCGGAAGUUGAAUUGGGUCGUAUUUUGAUCAGGAAAGGCUGGAAGCGUUCGAGUUUCGUGGUGAACACCAAAAUAUAUUGGAGUACCAGAACAUCGUCUAGAUCUGAAGAACGCGGACUCUCGCGCAAACACAUAAUUGAAAGUGUAAAGGCGAGCUUGGGUCGUUUACAAUUGGCUUACAUCGACGUGGUGAUUGUGCAUAAGGCCGAUCCAAUGUGUCCAAUGGAAGAAAUAGUUCGUGCGAUGCACUACGUGAUAUCGCAAGGUUGGGCAAUGUACUGGGGCACUGCCAGGUGGUCGCCCGUUGAAAUUAUGGAAGCAUACACCAAUUCGAGGCAAUUCAAUUGCAUUACGCCAAUCGUAGAGCAGGCUGAGUACCACAUGUUUUGUAGAGAGAAAACUGAAUUGUACAUUCCAGAGUUGUAUAACAAAAUAGGAGUUGGUCUGAUGGCUUGGUCUCCUAUCACUAUGGGAUUGGCGCAGGGAAAGGAGGACGGAGGCGUGCAGUUAUUUUCUCGAUAUAGCUUUAGAAGUAAGUAUCGCUCCUUUUCGUGGACUGAAGACGAAACAUCAGCAAAUAAGGAGGGAUUUACGUGGGUGAAGGAAAAGGUCCAACCUGAAGAAACACGAAAACAAUCAGAAAAAAUAAGAGAAUUGAAUGCCUUAUCCGAACGUUUAGGCUGUACUUUAGCGCAAUUAUCGAUAGCCUGGUGUCUAAAGAACGAAUCCGUACAAUGCUUAUUAUUAGGUGCUACUUCAACCGAUCAACUUUACGAUAAUAUCCAAUCACUCCAGCUCAUUCCAAAGUUAAAUACAAAUAUGGUAGCGGAAAUUGAACGAAUUUUAGAGAAUAAACCAACGAGACCGCCAAUGGUGUCAACCUUAGCGCUUAGAUGACAAUCAAUGUGCCCCCCUGGUUCUAUCAGUGCGCUUUGCAGUGGUGGCCAGGGAGGCACUAGCAACGCCGAAAGUCCCAAGGAAGAGGAGCUGAGUACCGCCGAAGUUGAAGGGAAAGAAGCGCAGAAGCUGCCAUUCUGCGAGAUUCAGUGACAAAGGGUGAGCGAGUUUGUAAAAACUCGUAAAGUAAAAACACCCGACGAAAAGCCGACUAAGGAGAAGGUUAAGUGGACGUACAGUCCCGACGAAGGGCCCAAAUGCACAAUUGAACCUUUUUUAUACAAGAAGAAAGAUAAAAAGUCUGCCGGUACCAGUCCAACGCAAGUAUGAAGUCGGAGGAUAAACGAGGAAUUUUUGAUAUAAAACCGGACGCGUGGUCAUAGAGGAAGAGUUUUGCACGAAUCGAAACUAAACACGAUGCUUUAGGUUGUAAUAAAUAAAUGGCACAAUGUUGUAGUAACGUUUAUGCUACUGUAGACUUAUUCUGCUAAGUCAAUUCUAGCAUAAAGAAAUUGUUGAGCUCAACUAAGUAGUAUUGAGUAGAGAAAACGCAGUAAAAUGCAGUUCGCCAUGUCCACAUCUUGAGGCUUAAAGCCAAAGAAGCAGUUCCAAUAGAUAUCUUAUAAACAUAGAUUUGCAUGCCAUCACUAUAUUUAGAUGUUAUCCAAAUGCCGAUAUUUUUCAAGUUGCUCCUUAGAAACACACACAUUAGUUUGUUAUUCUGCUUUAUAGAUUUGCCAAUGUAACAUCUUAGACAUAGUAAGUGCUUUGGCAUUUUAUUCAAUACCCACCUAUAAUAAACUUGGAUAUGUUGAUGUAAGACCCUAGGUGUUGGAAGGACGGAAUCAUUUUUUGAUUAUCAGGAUAGUGUCGUCUCAAGCACUUUGAAUAAUGUUAUACAUUCGCGAGUUUGGUUUCGCAAACGUUUAGACGCCAGAUUACGUCCUUGAGUGCAAUAAAUUGUUCUUCCAUUAGUUUGUAACUUCGCAAUCAUUCAGGGGGUGGUUGCAAAAGUAUGACACAUUCGAAUAAACGAUUUGGCGUUUCCUUGUUCAAAAAGCUUUAUUGCAGUCCUCAUUGUAAUCAAUUUAACAAUAUAAAUUAAUCAAAGUGAUUCAAACGGCACAUCUACGAAACGGUACAUUACUGUUAACUCGAUGACACUCGUGCCCUAUCACUAUAAGAAAUUGCCACAAACAAUUAAGUAAACGUCUGUAAGGUAAAUAGGUAUAAGCAAAAACAAUAAAUAGUGUAUAGAAAUACUUA